UUGCAGAAGAAAAAUGGUUGCUUCUUCGAAGGAUUUGUGGAAUUUAACAAUAGAAAAGAUACUGAAAGGAAAGAAAGAACGAUAUCAAAUAUUAUCAGUAUCGAUGUGAAGGGAAACAAGGAGGCUCUCUGUUGGUAUGCCUGUGGUUAAACGAGGACUCGUCGCUCCACAAAAUACAUUCCUUGAAAAUGUUAUUAGGCGCUGCAAUAAUUCUGAUACUAGUUUUAUACUAGCAAACGCUCAAAUAGUAGAAUAUCCAAUCGUGUAUUGCAAUGAUGGUUUUGCUAAAAUGGUGGGAUAUUCCAGGGCUGAAAUUAUGCAGAAACCUUGCUCACUUUCCUUCAUGCAUGCCGACUACAGUGGACCUGAAGCGGUGAGGAAGAUUCAAAAUGCGCUUGAUAUGUGUCAACACGAACAAACAGAAAUUGGUCUACGCAAAAAAAAUAGAAGUCUUCUUUGGUUGUUGGUGCACAUUGCUCCAAUCAAGAAUGAUCGUAAUCAGGUGGUACUGUAUUUGUGCCAAUUCAGGGAUAUCACACCUCUUAAACAACCGCUUGAUGAUGAAAAUAAUAAAGAUAAGGAUGCUUUAAUUUCAUUUGUUUUAUGA